AUGUCGUUUCUCAAGCUCGAGGGGCUGCACGUUUUCUGUACGGGUGCCGCGGGCGGGAUUGGAAGUGCGAUUGUGGAGGAAUUGUUAGCCCAAGGCUGCAAAGUCACGGCGCACGAUCUUGUUCCGAACCCUCUUGCCUCCACCAAUCCCAACCUCUACUGUAUCCAAGGCGACAUUAGUUCUGAAUCUUCUAUCCAAGACUCAAUCGCGAAAGCCGUUAGUCAUUUCUCCCAACCAAUAAGUAUACUCUGCGCCAACGCGGGUAUCACGGAUGAAUCUUGCAACUACCCUAUUUGGGACAUGCCCAGCGACCUGUGGGACCGCACCUAUGCCGUCAACGUCCGCGGCACCUUCCUGACUAUCAAGCACUUCCUCAAAUCAGCCGAAACAUACCAAACUGAGACUGGCAACGAGAUUGAAAACCUGAGUAUCAUAGUGACCGGGUCCGAAUGUGGGGUUUUUGGUCAGGCGGGACAUGUCGAGUAUGCGAGCGGAAAAGCGGGACUGCAGUAUGGACUUGUGAAGACGGUUAAGAAUGAAAUUGUAAGAUUGAAUGCAAAAGCGAGGAUCAAUGCCGUAGCGCCGGGUUGGGUGGAUACCAAGUUGAUUGAGGGAAGACUGGAUGAUCCGAAGGAGAUGUGGAGGGAGGCUCAAGCUACUGUGCCAUUGCGAAAGAUUGCACAGCCAACGGAUGUGGCGAGAGCAGUGGCUUUCCUAGCUAGCCACCGUGCAGCAGGCCAUAUCUCGGGUCAGUGCAUUUCUGUGGACGGCGGCAUGGAAGGGCGCAUCGUGUGGUCGGAAGACGAAAUUCGCAAAUCGCAAAACACUGCUGCUGAGCCUGAAAUACCAACUACAGAUGUUGUCGAAGAGACAUUUGGCACUGCUACUCAAGGCGUUUCUCUAACUAGCAGAGAUGCCUCAGCCUUGGCCGCUCCUCUGGCUUCGCCCUUGAGCGCUCCUCAUAGCAGUUCCAAGCCAAAGAUCAAAGUCCUACUCUCAGUCGACUUUGAUGCUGUAUCUGGCUGGCUAGGAACUGGCCAAAACCCGUCCAACAACCUCGCGGACUACAGUUCAGGCUUCUUCAGCGCCUACGUCGGCGUCCCGCGUCUACUCCGACUCUUUGCAAAAUACGACAUAUCAAACAAGACAACAUGGUUCAUACCCAUGCACAGUGCAGAAAGCUUUCCCAAAGAAUUUUCGUCAAUCAAAGAAAGCGGCGCAGAAAUCGGAUUACACGGGUACUGUCACGAGGGGGCGCCUCAACUCACAGCAACCCAAGAACGCGAAGUCCUCGAACACUGCAUAAGCCUAUACCAGGAACUCCUCGGCAAGCGACCGCUGGGCUACCGCGCACCACUUUACCAACUGCGCGAAAACACAAUCGAGUUGCUGGAAGAAUACGGAUUCCUCUACGAUUCCAGCUUAUCUCACCACGACAGCAAGCCAUACUACAUCCCCAAGUUACCUCCAAUCGAAGUGCCUAGCUACACCGACACCGCAUCAGCAAAAGACUGGAUGAAGCCGCUGCCCAGUGCCGGCGCGCCAACAUCCAAAUCGCUCGUUGAAAUCCCGGCGAAUUGGUAUGCCGAGGAUAUGACGCCUUUGCAGUUUUUCCCCAACACACACAAUUCACAGGGCUAUGUUGAUGUUCGUGUCAUUGAGAAUAUGUGGAAGGAUAAGUUUGAGUGGAUUAGGGGCGAGGCUGAGGAAGGGCUAAGAGGGGGUGAUGAUGUGGUUUUCCCGCUGGUGCUACACCCGGAUACCAGUGGUAUGGCGCAUGUUGUUGGCAUGGUGGAGAGGGUGGUUAAGUGGUUGAAGGAGUUGGAGGGUGAGGGGGUGGUGGAGUGGUGUACGUAUGCUGAGGUUGCGGGGGAGUGGAAGGAGAGGAAUGCUGUGUGA